CUUUUCGGGUUUUAUUAUAUUUUUCCGUUUCGGCUUUUCCUACUUUUUUCAGGAUAACUUUUUUGACACAUAUCCAGAUUUCCCGAGCAGCGUUCAUAUAAAAAGGCAGAAGCACCCGCUCCGAUUGUCCCCGCCAGUCGAGCAGCACAAACCCUAACCCCUGCCAUCGAUCAUCCUCUGAGAUCUCUGAAAAUCAUCAACCCCGACCACAUGGGAUCCAAGAGAUUCAACUUCGGCGAUGGCGCCAGCCCCGGAAAAAUCUUCAUUGGUGGUUUAGCUAAGGAUACAACUCUAGAUCAAUUUGUGAAGUACUUUGGGAAGUAUGGAGAUAUCACAGACUCUGUUAUCAUGAAGGACCGUCAAACUGGACGACCCAGGGGGUUUGGGUUCAUCACGUAUGCUGAACCAGCUGUUGUUGACACUGUUAUUGCUGAAACCCAUAUCAUCAAUGGCAAACAGGUUGAGAUAAAGAGAACCAUUCCCAAAGGAUCUGCUGAAUCCAAGGAUAUCAAGACGAAGAAGAUUUUUGUUGGCGGUAUUCCUACCGUGGUAACUGAAGAUGAGUUAAAAAGCUUUUUCUCCAAGUAUGGGAAGGUGGUUGAACAUGAGAUCAUAAGAGACCAUGUGAGUAAACGAUCCCGUGGGUUUGGAUUUAUUGUAUUUGACAAUGAACAAGUGGUUGAUAAUAUUCUGGCUGAUGGAAACAUGCUAGAUAUGUCUGGUACCCAGGUUGAGAUCAAGAAAGCUGAACCAAAGAAACCCUCAUACCCUGCACCUGCUCCCGCCUAUGGUAGUGAGUCUAGGGCCCGUGGUUAUGGUGACAACUAUGGUGGAUUUGGCAAUAACUAUAGCGGUUUUGACAGUGGUGGUUUUGGCACUGCCUCUUAUAGGUCUUAUGGAGGCCUUGGGGGUGGUAGGUUUGGUGAAUAUGGAUAUGGUGCUGGUGAAUUUGGGGGCCGCUAUGGCGAAUUUGCUGGAGGUGAUUUUGGUGGUGGUUACCGUGGAGAGCCCUCACUUGGCUACUCCAGUCGCUUUGGCUCUUAUGGUGGUGGACUUGGUGGGGGAUAUGGUGGCAGUGGUUUAGGUCCAUAUGGUCGUGGUGGUGGUGGUGGUUAUGGAGGGUUUGGUGGAGCUGGCUCAGGUGCUGGUUAUGAUUCUGGCCCUGGUGCUGGUUAUGGUGGACCAGGAGGCAUGUAUGGAAAUAGGGCUGGCUAUAGUGGCAGUGGUCGAUACCAUCCAUAUGCCAGAUAGAUGUUAUACUAAACUUUUCCCAUAGGUGUUGCAGUCAGGUCUCUUGGUUAUUGCUUCUUAUCGCCCAGAGUUGAGUAGAUAUUCAAAGCCGUAGCAACUAGCAAGGAGGCACUGUCUAGAAGAUUGGAACAACCUUAGUUUAUUUUAAUAUUGUGGUUUAAGAGAAUUUUAUUAGAUAUAUCAUGCUUGAUUCUGAUUGAGCCUUGUGUUUGUAGUUUAGAUGCUUUCUUCAAAUUAUGAAGUUUGGAUUAGUUAGACCUCAAUGUUGGGCUGUUUAAUGUAUUUUUAAGGUUAAUAUUUUAGAUGAUUGUUGCAAGGGAAUGAUAUAAAUCUCUACUAAUAUAGUGAUUUAAGGUUACUUGUAAGACUAGUUAUUAGAGUUAAUACCAUUUUUAGUCCUCAAAGUAUAGUGGCUUUGCCACUUUUGGUCCUCAACUUUAAAAUUGACCAAUUUUGGUCUUCCAUGUAUUGAUUUUUUUUGGUCACUUUUGGCCUCUGGGAGAUUUUCUAUCAAAUGGUUGUUUGAGACAUGAUAAGACAUGUACUUUCAUUAUCCAAACCCCUAACCUAAAUCAUUCCAACUUCAAAGAAAAAACCUUAAAUCAUCUCAAACCUAUGAUACACAACAAGAAUACAUUGGAUGUGAAGACUGAUUGAAAAUUUUGGGAUGAUUUAGGGUUUUUCUCCUUCAAAUUUGGGAUGAUUUUGGGGGGUUGGAUAACAGAAAUGUUGUUUAGACCCCAUCUCAUACAGUCAUUUGACAGAAAAUCCACAGGAGGACCAAAAGUGGCAAAAAAAUAAUAUUUGAAGGAUUAAGGUUGGUCGACUUUAGAGUUGGAACCAAAAGUGGCAAAGCUACUAUACUCAAGGACUAAAAUGGUAUUAACUCCUAGUUAUUAUUAUCAUUUUUUGGUCAUAGACCCUAUCUAUAAGAUGGUAAACAGGUUUCAUGACACUGAACUAGUGCAUAUGUCUUAAGACAUGAAUUGUGUCUUGUGAUUAGGUUCACAGUGUGUUCUGAAGUAUUGUAGUUAGCUUGAUGGGCUGCUAUUUUAGAUUUUCCAGUUAUUAGUUUGUCUACUUUAUCAUAGUUUAUAUAAAUGAUAAUUAAAAAAACUAGUUAAUGAGCUAUGCUGCAAAGAUAUAGUUGCACUUAUUUUAUAUCUAACUGAUAGUGUAGUAAUGAAGUCCAGUUUUGCAUAGGGAUUUGAGAAGAUAGCUAUGAACUAGUAGUGAUUGUAAUUUAUUUAUUUAUUUUUUUUAAUGUAGUAGACUAAAAGUGUUGUAGAACAGUGACAAGGGGAUGGCUGGAGUUGUGUGAUGCUGUGGAUUUGAAACAGAAGUUUGGUAUGAUUGUUGGUGAUUAGAGAAAUGGGGAACCAUGGGUUGUCAGCUGUGUUAUGGUUCAUAAGAGAUGGCUCUUGUUGUGCUGCUAAAGAGAAUUCUGGGGUUCUCAUUGCUUCACUUGUAUGCAUUGGCCACUCAAGAAUAGAAUAAUACGGAGUAGUUGUUAGACUUUAAACCGAUAGAUAUAGGUUUUCUUACCCAGCCUAGUAUGCAACUGAAAGCCUGAAAGUUGAAACUUAGGUCUUGAUGCUGAGCUCAUUAUAUUUGAAAGCCGCUUCCCCAUUAGCAUUAGUUUGUAAAUUGGUAUUCCCUCCAUUCCAGAUUUCACGGUAGUAUGUAUUGGCAAUGUUAUGCAGCUGCUUCAGUCACACAAGUAUUGAGCAGGUAGACUGGCAGAAGAGGUUAGUGAUGCUACUCGCAAGAAUCCGGUCUGCCUUUUUUAUGACUGGAAUCCACUGGUGUGUUUACUACCGAAGAAGGAAAAGUAGAGAAUAUGAUUAUUUGUACAUCUGAAAAACAGAAGACAGUGAGUGGAGAAUGGGAAAUUGGAGAAAGGAAAAAGGAAAACAGCGAAUUGAAGUACGGUUUUGACUGGAAUCUCUUGUUUUUGCUGUCAUUUUUCCUCCUGUAAAUGGUAGUCUUAGCUAGUAGUGUUUUUGAUUUGUAAUUUUUCCAUGAAUGUAUGUACUCCAUGUAAACUUUACAGUACCAUAUGCCAGUUCAUAAGUAUCAGCUUCUCUGGGGCUUGCUUUGUUUUC